AUGGUCCUUGACGCAGCACAAGCUGCCCAGAUGGACAUGAAGGUAUAUAAAUUAGAGAUGGAAAUUAAGCUGCAAAAAUAGACUAAUGAGCUGCAGGAGUUAAGGUGUCUAUCAGGGACAAAAAAGAGCAAUGAUUUGGAGAUGCGCCAAUCGCCGUUAGAAAGAGCCAUGAAUCAGGCCCGAAGGGAUGGGCAAGAUACAUCUGACUUGUUAGCUUUUCCUGUAGUUGAUGUAAUUGAUCAGCAGAACAGAAGAACCAGACAGUAUCAGGUAUUGGAGUUUAAGGUGAUAAAAGAAUUGAAAAUGGCUGCGGAGCAAUAUGGGCCUACUGCCCCCUUUACACAAGCUUUAUUGGAUGCUGUGGUAGAAGCAAAUUUAACACCCCAAGAUUGGAAAACUUUAUGUAAGGCUACUUUGUCAGGAGGAGAUUACUUGCUUUGGAGUUCAGAAUGGCGUGAUACUAGUAAGAAAACCGCCAUGAUGAAUGCUCAGGCAGGCAAUGCAGACUGGGAUCUUAACAUGCUUCUAGGAGAAGGUCAAUAUGAAGGUAAUGCUAAUCAGAUUGAACUGCCUGCCGGAGUGUACGCACAGGUUGCAAUGGCUGCUCGCCAUGCUUGGAACCGAUUACCUGCUAAAGGGGAUCUUAGUGGGAAUUUAUCGAGUACUAAACAGGGUCCAGACGAAUUGUUUCAGAAUUUUGUGGACAGGCUGCUAAAGGCAGCUGGUAGAAUUUUUGGAGAUCCUCAAGGUGGAAUUCCUUUUGUUACGCAAUUGGCUUAUGAGAAUGCUAAUGCAGCUUGCCACCGCGCAGCUAUCAGGCCAUACAAAGCGAAGACUGAUUUACAUGGGUACAUUUGUCUUUGCGCUGAAAUUGGACCCUCUUAUCAUCAGGGUCUGGCCGUGGCUGCGGCCUUACAAGGGACCACUGUGCAAGCAUUGCUUGCACAGACCCAUAAAGAUAAAAGGUGCUUUAAAUGUGGAGAUCCAGGUCAUUUUAAAAAUGACUGUCCCAGAAAAAGGGACACGAGAAAACAAGCAGGUCACACUCCAGACAUCUGUCCUAGGUGCAAGAAGGGUUAUCAUUGGGCUAAGGAAUGCAAAUCUAAAACAGGUAAUCAGGGCCGUCCCUUGUCGGGAAGCGAGUAUCGGGGCCAGCCCUAGGCCCCCAAGAAUCCACAGCCAACAGCUUAUGGGGCCAUGAAGCUGUUUCCAAGCCAGGAAAAUCCAUUUCAGAACUUAUUAGAGCUACCCCAGGAAAUGCAGGACUGGAUCUCAGUUCCACUAUUCAUGCGGUACUGA